UGCAUGAUCUCUGAACUACGAGAUUUUGCAUUAAGUCUAGCUUUUUUAUUAAGUGCCUUGGAAGUUGAAUGCAUUUUUAUUUUCCCAGAUGAGUAUCUCUGUUUUCUGGUACAAUUUACUCAUUCGCAUUGGAACAUAUAAGCCAGAUAUCAAACGGAAGCUCUAAAUUGGACGAACCAACCACCUGCAGUCGCACGAUUCACCGUUUGUUGAAUAAUAGAGUUGUGGGGAAUGCAGUGCUAGAAGGACGAAGUAGGCUCUCUUUGAGUCGAAUCGAAUGUGCAUCAAAUAAGAUGAUGGGCAUAUCAAACAAACUAUAUGAGGACAACCAUUCUUCAAGUCGUUCAUUAAUCUGAAGUAUUUUGCGUGUAAUAAAUCACAACCAACCUCAUAUUGUUAUAAACAUGGCAAAUAAAUCAACAUUCUAGACCUUGAAUAUGUACUUUUUUGUUUCCCGGCUCUCUUCCUUACACUGAAGGGAAGAAAGGCCUUAAACAAAAAUGAAGACUUGUGAAUGUCGGGGUCCUAUGCGAAUCGUCUUCCAAAAUUAAUAUUUGACAUAGAUGGUACAAUCUAGAUAAAUGGGAAGGAAAAAAAUGGACGGAGAAUACGAAGAAAAGUGUUGUUUUUUUAUACCGAUUUCCUGAUUUUCCAGAUAUAUGAGGCGAUUGACAGAUUGGUAUGGUGAAGGGAGGAGAUGUGCCGCGAGUGUCUUUGGUCUGUCUGACUACGUUCGUCGCCUUCACGUUCAUGAUACAGUGAAUGUUUUUUGGUAAGUAAAAAAGUGCACGAGAUGUUCCCGCAUUGAGCUCAUUUAUAGGUCGGUGGCUGAAUCUGCGUGGGCCCUGGAUACAAAUGCAGUUUCUGUGCGGACAAGUAGCCAAGAAUUGGUUUUACGAGGUACUGUUGUUCAUUGGCCGAUAAUUUUUUUUUAUAGUCGUUACUGGAAUUAUCUCCUUGCAACUUCAUCUUGCUUUUGGGUUACAGGAGAAAUACGUAGCCCUUGUUAUAAAUGCGGAAUGUAUCGAUCUUUCGAUCCUGAUCGUACAAAAAUGAAGCUUUGACCAUACGGCUCGGAUUUACAUAAUGAGAAUAUGUCGUUAUUCAUUAUUGUUUCUGGGUUUCGUGUGUUCGGUAUCAUAGGUCAUCGUGCGUGCUUUUUUCAGCAUGGAACUUACAUGUGACCAGGUUACUGUCACACAGGAUUGGUGCGUUUCUGCACUGAAUUUCGCCGCGGCGGAGCAGAAAAACGAGCAACAUCCUGUGAGGGUGAAUCUGCAGAGCUUCCAUUACGCGACUCCAGAUUAUGCACUUGCAGGCGACUCGACGUCCAAUCCAAUUAUAGAAGCAGGUGACAAACCGAAGAGAAAAAGCAGUUUAUGUGUAGAAGCAAUUCCGUUGGAAAUUUGGUUUAAAAUUAUCAUUCCGUUGGCUGUUCAGAGCGAAAUUGACGAUUACGCUCUUUCUCAAGUCAAGCCAAAGCUCAUUUCAAACAAACUCCCGCUUCUGUGCAACACGCGAAAUCAUGUGUCUGACAUCAUUCAAUACGAAUCAAGUCCUUUUAGGAACCGCGAUCCCAUCGUCGCUCUAGGAUUAACAUGCAGACACCUCUGGCUGCUCUUUGGAAAUUAUCUCUUCUUUUAUAGGCCAUCCAAUUUCGAUGCCUUGGACCGAAAACUGACUCGCUGCUGCAUGCGAUUUUUAUCUGCACUUGAAUCAGCUGCGGCCUCCCGUCCAUCCGAAACAAACCUGUUGAUCAAAGAGGAACAGGGCAACUUUUACACCUCUGACCUAACAGAGGAAAAAGUGUCCCCUAGUGUCAUUCGUCUUCAUUCUAGAAUACUCGUUGAAUGCAUUUUGGCCAUACCGAAUUGCAAAUGGAGUCGGCUUAUGGUUUUCGACCUUUUGUAUCUGAAGUUCCGACUCUAUGUCACUUCACGCGUCUUCCUGGAACUUCCGGGACCGACCUACCACAGAUCCAACGUGUCUCGACGUAUGCAAAUACUUUCGUCUCUCGCGCUGUAUGGACUCAAUCUGCGCGACAACGAGGCCAGAGAAAGCGUUCUGAAACUCUACACCGAUUUGCGUCGCUUUGUCACCUCUCGCAAAAUUUCUUCCUCUCAGCUGAUACCGUCUGGCAGCUGCGGACAGGAGCUUCAGACCCUGCCGGAUCAGCUUCGACAACACAUAUGCUUCUCUGGAGUGAAAAGAAGGCACAGCUUUACGGUAGAAAACCUCGUCUCCAUCGUCACCAAGGCCAACCAAAUCAGAUCCAUGCCACCGGAAUACGCUCAUCAAAUCGUCCUCCUUAAGCCGUCCAGAAAGCUAAUAUGGAGAUAUAUCCAUCCGACCGGCGUUCUCAUGGAAGUCAGUCCCAUAGACCGACAAAUAGUCUCAUUUCAAGAAACCCGUCGAUUCGAGCUCAUUCUUCAAGUCAUCGGCAUAUGCGUUCCGAGGCCGCUGACGGAGCUCGAGGUCCUAUGGAACCACGAGCUGAACUUCGUUCUAGUUAACGUGUUUUUUGAGCUUCACCUGGUCACCUACCUGGCCCCCCACCUCGUUAUCGAUUCGCAGCUCUCUCAUUUUCUAAAGCACUUUGCCGGAUUGGUCGCGGACAGCAUGGGCAUCGCGCGAGCGGAAAGAGCAGCUUCUUCCAAGAAGGGCCUCUUCAAAAUCUGCUCGAAAUUGCCUCUUCGACGCAGUAAAGCGGUCGAUACCAGCUAUGUCUGCAUGUCUGGAAUCGUGAACAUUAUAGCUACUUGCUACAUGUAUCAAUUGCUAGAUCCGCUAAUCGUCAUGAAAGAACUUGGCAUUUUCGAUUCGUCUACUUGGUGCUUCUGGGGCAUUUCGAGGAGACUCACAUCUGCUCUUCAAAGCGCUUUUAUCGUUCGACCCAGAAAUUGGGAUGUAGCCGGACACCUUUACGAUAUAUGCAGUUCGCUUCUGCGCUCAGACCCGGAAGCGAAGGACUCGCAUUGCCAUCCCUUCCUAGCGCCUGCCAUCUUCUACCGCUGGACGAAGAACCUCCAUUUGGUCGGCCUUCAGUCCUCCUGCGUUUUUUCCUGCUAUGGCAUCAACGAACACACGGCAUCAACCGACUUCUGCUACCCCUUCUUCCCUAUACUCAGGCCCGCUCUGCGACCGGGAUGUCCGUCACCGUGUCCGUUCUUGGACUUGGAAAUUUCACUCAUCCGAUACGUGAUGGCAAAAUCAAACUUCAAGCAACUCAACAGUCUGUGCGCGCACGUCGCGAAUCUGGAGGUCCUCGUUCGAUGCAUCUCUGCCCACAACUCACAAACGUUUGCCUUUGGCGGAGAGAAAGACAUGGCUCCCCAGCUGAGCCGAGCCACAUCAGAAACGAUUCUAGAAACCGUCAUCGCAUCGAUGUCUUCUCUACCACAUCGGCUUGCAUCCGAAAAUCUAGAAUAUAGUCUGCUGACGACGCCAAAGCAGCAACAAAGCCAUUCGAACACCAUCAACAACGACAACUUGGCCGCCCUUCGCGCCUGGGUCCUGAUUUUCUCUGAACUGGUUUCUCACACCGAGCGCAACUGGGACGUCAGCAACUCCGCCCGCUCAGAACCCCCAAGCGACGCCGUAGAUGAGAGCAUCUCUCAGCAACAGCACGAUUUUCAUCGAAGCACGACCGACCUCGAGCCGCAUUCCCAUCGAUUCUACUCGAACCUCUAUUACCACAUGCUCAAACACCUCGUGGAAUGGCGUCCAUUCUUCAGACAUGACAAAGUCGCGCUACUCUGGUGGAACUCCCUCAUCUGCAAAGACAUCGCGGACAUGUCAAAGAACACGAAUGCCAUCUUGUACCUGUCUGAAAUUGUCUUCAAAGUCGGCUGCAUCCCGCUCGCCGUAUCCAUCAUAAAACACCUAGCCAUUAUGUUCACUACUCCUACCACCACCAUCACUCACACCGGGCGCUCAGCCCUUCCCUGCCCCAUCUCCAAGUUCAAACCACAAAUUCUCAAAAUGUCAAAAAAAAUACUCAAAUUUUUUUUAGAGUCUCCUUCGGCCUCUUUGGUUUUGUGGAAAACGGUUCUUAACGACUAUUCCGUUCUUCUCUUACCCGCCCUGUUCCGUCAACGAGAGCUAUGGUUGAAGCACGUCUCCCUAUCCUCUAUAGAUCCAUCUACUAUAUCUGCCUAUUCCAGCAGUCUAGCCCACAGAAAUACGCUAGAAGUUUGGAAACUCUCUCAAUUUCGUACCAAAAUCAGGCGACGAUACCAAAAAGCGGUUCACUCCUCACUUCCAGUUAUCUCACUCCUUCUCAAUAGCGUACUUGUGCGCAUUCUCCCGGACGAACUCCUCGUUGCCAUUGCCCAGUUCCUCGCCUCCGAAGCUACUAGAAAAGACCUGUGGACAACGGCCGCCCAACUCCUUUACAAAAUAGACCGCAUUCUCGGACGCAAGGAGAAUACCCACUAACUAUCCUCACACAGUGACAGGCCUUCUUCUCUCGACUUUUCGCAGCUCUCGCUGGCAUCUGCUUUAAUAAAAAGACAUAACUAUUCGGUGUAGAUCAAACUUUCAUUUCUCCUUCCUGAAGCAAAGUCCGAACGAGAAGAACUCACCCGACACAAAAAUCGUAUUUCUCGGUCUUUU